GGUGGGAAAGAUGGCGGCGGCCCUGGGACCCUCUGGGUGGUGGCGGCGGUGGCGGCGGCGUUGGUCGACUCGGGAUGGGUUCAAGCUGCUGCUCCUCCUGCUGUUGCUGGGGUCUGGGCAGGGGCCGUGGCAAGUCGGGGCGGGCCAAACGUUCGAAUACCUGAAGCGGGAGCACUCGCUGUCGAAGCCCUAUCAGGGUGUGGGCACAGGCGGCUCCUCACUGUGGAAUCUGAUGGGCAAUGCCAUGGUGAUGACCCAGUAUGUCCGUCUUACCCCUGAUAUGCAAAGUAAACAGGGUGCCCUGUGGAACCGGGUGCCAUGUUUCCUGAGAGACUGGGAGCUGCAGGUGCACUUCAAAAUCCAUGGACAAGGGAAGAAGAACCUCCAUGGGGAUGGCUUGGCGAUCUGGUACACAAAGGAUCGAAUGCAGCCAGGGCCUGUGUUUGGAAACAUGGACAAAUUUGUGGGGCUGGGAGUAUUUGUAGACACCUAUCCCAAUGAGGAGAAGCAGCAAGAGGCCCAGAAGAGGCGGUAUUCUCCAGGAGUGCAGAGGGUGUUCCCCUACAUCUCAGCCAUGGUGAACAAUGGCUCCCUCAGCUAUGACCAUGAGCGGGAUGGGCGGCCUACAGAGUUGGGGGGCUGUACAGCCAUUGUCAGGAAUCUCCACUAUGACACCUUCCUUGUGAUCCGCUAUGUCAAGAGACAUUUGACGAUAAUGAUGGACAUUGAUGGCAAGCAUGAGUGGAGGGACUGCAUUGAGAUGCCAGGGGUUCGCCUGCCCCGGGGCUACUACUUUGGUGCCUCCUCCAUCACUGGGGAUCUCUCGGAUAAUCAUGACAUCAUUUCCCUGAAGUUGUUUGAGCUGACGGUGGAGAGAACCCCAGAAGAAGAGAAGCUGCAUCGAGAUGUAUUCUUGCCCUCAGUAGACAAUUUGAAGCUACCUCAUGAUCUGACAGCCCCUAUGCCUCCCCUAGGAGGGCUGGCUCUCUUCCUCAUCGUCUUUUUCUCUCUGGUGUUCUCUGUAUUUGCCAUUGUCAUUUGCAUCAUUCUCUACAACAAGUGGCAGGACCAGAGCCGAAAGCGUUUCUACUGAGCACACCUACUGCGGGGCCUCUGUGCAGAAGUCUAUAUGACCUCUGGUGUCUGGCCACUGUUCAGGGAUUGCUCUGUCAAUGUUGCCGAGAAGGCAGGGAUGCUGCAUCCCCAUGGGCUGUGGGACAUUAGACUCGGAUUCCGGAAACCCAGCCACCCCAGGGCAAUGCUGCUGUGCUGCCUUUCCUUGCAAUCCUUCCACUUGGGAAAGGAGAGGAAGGGGAGGAGAAAGGCUGGUGAAACGCCAGCAUCACAGAAAGAACCUCAGAGCUCAGGCUGCCUUGUUGAUGGGCUCCAAGGGCCUCUGAGCUCAGUUUUAAAUCUGCAAAGAGCAGAAUACCAGUGACCCUUGUCCAUGCUGGUUAAAUCUUCAUUGGUUUUUGCCUUUCGUCCAAAUCUCUGUUCACCCGAGAGGCUUUCUAUGGAGACCUGAAGAGGAACUUUCUUCCCUGCCUUGCCUUCCUUCUUCUUUCAUUGUCCUCCAACUGCAAGCUGAGCGGAAAAGACUUCCUAGUGGGGCCUUGGGUCCUAGCGCAAGCCCACACUUCACCUGUGCUUACCCGGUGGCCCCAGCACAGCGGCUCUCAGCUUUGCUCACUGCUCUCGCCUGUGUCCUAUGGUGCAGUUCCAGGCUCUCUCAUGCAGUCCUGCUGCCCCACAGGCCUGCAGCUCCUCCGUCAAGAGGAAGGAGCUACAAGUCAAGAGAAGUUUGGAAAUCUUGGGUUGCUUUGGGACCCCCGUUGAAAAUAACUGGCUCCAUAUCUCACCAAAAGGAACAGUCACCAUAUGUCUGACCAUGUGGAGAUUUUCUUUUGUG